AUGUCAUCUCACUACUAUGAGGUCGCCCUUUUUGGCGAGUUCUACCCACAAGAUCUCUCAGCCGUCAUGAACCGCAUAACGCUUCACAGCGAGUCUGCGCAUCCGAUGCACGCCCGAGAGAUAGUCUUCGAACAAACACGUUUCACGAAUGAACCCCCGAGCCACCGCGGAGAGCAUGGCCAGGAGCCCCCGUUACUCAGAGCUCGCAAGGAUUUGCUCGAGCCCGAGGCGAAGUGGGUUCUGUAUUCAUACCUGAAGCCAGAGUCCGCACGCGUGCACCCGAGGCCACAGUGCGCCCUUGGGCUACUUGCAGGUGGUAGGCAAUGCCCUUCAUUUCGCUUCGGCUUUGGGGUACACGCGUCGCUCCCAGAUGUACAAGCGUGGGUCGACCAGAAGACGCAGAAACCCAUCCCCGCACAUCCGGACACCCUAUGGGAGGUGGAAGUCCGAACUGCUGCGCCAGUGCGCAACAGCCAAGAGACGCCCCUCAGUAGAUAUAUAGAGGCUGUCCUGGAGACACAGCUCCUCAUGAAGGGCUUGCUCGAUCUCAGACGAAAAGACGUUUGA